AUGCCGAAUACAAAAAGCUACCGUUAUGAGAAUCUUGUCGAGCUUGUCAAGGAUGUCAACAGGUUCCAGAUUAAAGGCACAGAAUGGAAGUUUUGUCUCAAAGACCCCACGAACCCGACCUCUCCUUGGAAGGCAUUCGGAAUUGUUCUUGAAGAGAAUGUCAAGUGGCUGAAAAAGGCAAACAUAGACAAGCUUGACGAGAUUCCAGGCGGCAACUUACCUCAGUGGGUGAAGAAGGACACAAAAUGGCUGUAUAACGAUCAGGAAUCAUGGCCUCUGAUCGAGGAAGAUGAAAAUUUCAGAAAGCUUUUCAGGGAAGGGAUUUGGUGCGACCUUGUCCCGAUCUUCGGUAUCCUUACGACCGGCGCACAUCUCAACGUCUACAAGAUCACCAAAGAAAAGGGCUUCCAGGUGUGGGUGUCUCAGCGCCCUGACACGCAACCAAACUUCCCCGGACUACUCGAUCAAGCUGCAGCUGGUGGUUUUACACCGAGCCACAAAACGAUCCUUGAGUGCAUCGAAAAGGAGAAAAAACAAGAAUCAAAGGGAUAUCCACGUCAUUGGCGUGAGUUAAUGCAUCAGAGCCCGGAUAUUCCCACCAUUCAAUUCUUCGAAGUGCGCGAUGAGAGAUGGGAAAAAGGCUAUGCUGGCCUGCCUGAGCCUGGCAUCAGGAAAGCGUACGAUCUCAGGGUCAAUGACGAGAAGAUUAAAGGAAAGGAAGGCCAGAAUUUCAAGCUAAUGGGGAUCGACGAAAUCAGAGAAAGCUUGCUGCAUGGGCGAUGGAAACCGAAUUCUGCGCUGGUGAUGAUCGACUUCAUGAUCCGACACGGACUCGUUGAAAACAAGAUCGAAGAAGUGGAAAUUCCGAGGCUAUUGAAGCUCGACCGUGAAAGGCAGUUCGGCAUGGGCAUCGCCGUCACUGAGCUUUCUGAUUAUGUGCAAUUCCCUCUGCAUGGAAACAAGUAG